CGUGACGUCACUCUCCUCGCGCAAGAGCUCAGCGUUUCUUCAUUAAUUAAAGCGCGCUUCACGUUUACACCCGUACUGUACGACGCCGUGUACCUGCUCACUGAGUCGCACUUAUGAAGUCUCCAGGCAGCACAGCCAGUAUGGGAACCCAAAGAAAGGACAGCUUCCUCUGGGGGAAAGCACCUUCAGCUUUCAGUUCAAAUGACAAGAGGCAGGCGGACGUCCACAAGCAUGUGAUUCUAGAUGAUAUUCAGAAACUCAGGCUGGAGAUCGAAAACAUGAUGACAGAAAUUCAAACAAUGGAGGCCGAUGAUGAGAACAAAAAUGUUAUGAAGAACAAAAGAAUCCAGUGUGGGAAAAAGAAGUUCAACAUGGACCCGGAAAAGGGUGUCCAGUACCUAGUGGACAAUGAUCUUUUGGAGUGGAAACCGGAGGCUGUGGCCGAGUUCCUCUAUAAAGAAGAAGGCCUCAAUAAAACGGCUAUUGGCAACUUUUUAGGAGAAAGGGAGGAGAUCCACCUUCAGAUCCUGCAGGCCUUUGUUGACCUUCAUGAGUUCUCAAAUCUCAAUCUGGUCCAGGCUUUGAGGCAGUUUUUGUGGAGUUUCCGUCUACCUGGUGAGGCUCAGAAGAUCGACCGCAUGAUGGAGGCCUUUGCUCUGCGAUACUGCACCUGUAACCCUGGGGUUUUUCAGUCCACAGACACCUGUUACAUCCUUUCUUUUGCUAUCAUCAUGCUCAACACAAGUUUGCACAAUCCCAAUGUGAAAGAAAAGACCACACUAGAACGUUUCAUCAGUAUGAACAGAGGAAUCAACCGGGGAGAUCUUCCCGAUGAACUGCUCGAGAAACUUUAUGACAGUAUUAGGAACGAACCCUUUAAGAUUCCAGAAGAUGACGGCAAUGAUCUCACUCACACCUUUUUUAAUCCUGACAGAGAGGGCUGGCUUCUAAAAGAAGGUGGCAGAAUAAAGACCUGGAAGCGGAGGUGGUUCAUUUUGACCGACGGCUGUCUCUACUAUUUCCAGUACACCACUGACAAAGAACCAAAAGGAAUCAUUCCACUAGAGAACUUAAGUGUUAGAGAAGUGGAGAAUGCGCAUAAACAGUUCUGCUUGGAGUUAUUCAGCCCUCAUCGUAAAGGAGAGGCGAUAAAGGCAUGUAAAACAGAAACAGAUGGCAGAGUUGUGAUGGGCAAUCAUCACUCCUACAGGCUCAGGGCUGCUUCUGAAGACGAGUGUGCUGACUGGAUCCAGGCCAUCAGAGCUUGCAUCACAAAAGACUCUUUCUAUGACCUGGUAUCUGCACGCAAGAAGAAAAUCACCGAUCAGCACGACUGAAGCUGACCGACCGAGGGGAUCUGAUCGUUUUAAACGGUCGCACACAGACUGAAGUGUAGCCAGAAGGAUGCAGAUGCUUACAGUGGACUGAAUGAGCUGGAGGAGAUGAUCAAGGUUCUCCGGGUGCUCUCUCUCUCUGCUGUGUGUGCUGCCUCAGGGCUUGCUUAUGCGGCGGUGUCUUGGUCAGGCAUUCUGUGGAACUAUAUUUCCUAUUUAUUUAAACUUUCGAGAAACGCCUUUGCAAGUUUUUAUUUGUAAAAUAUUGUGAAAUAACCAUAUAUAAUCCUGAAAACGUUUAGAUAGUGUUAGGAGUGACGUUUAAAUUAAGGUACAUUUUGAUGAGAUGUUUGUGUUUUAAUGCACAAUUUGGAUUUCUUUUUUUCGUUGUAUUGUUCCAUGACUAACACACAUUUAUCAUUUUAUAAUUAUAGGAUUUAUGCAAAAACUGAACAUGUCUGUCUUGUAAAUAUCGUGUUGCCAAUUAGCAUUAACAGUUAUCCGGAUGAAAUUGUCCAUAUUGUGUACAUACAGUAAUGACUUAUUUAAUGAAUGUAAUAUUAUUUGAUUCUAAGUGUUUCGGAUAAUUACUAAAACUUUUAAAUACAUAAAGACCAUGUUAUUAACAUUUAACGAUUUAACUAGGGUUCUCUAAUUAAAGGCCUUUACAAAACAA